GAAAUGCCGCCGAUAAUUCUGAACCACAGUGAUAUCGUCGCUUACUACAACCAUAAAUAAAAUAGAGCUUGUAUCUACAAUGUCUUCCAUUCCCACCUCCAACAUAGUGCUACCUUCAUUCAAGGAGCUCGUGACAAGCAUCCCAGAGGCGCAUCAUGAGCAGUACGUGAGACAAUACUAUGGAGGCUACCUGGGGCUGCAUUUCCAAGUCCCUGGCCAACUUUCACCAGUUUCCCCUAGCACUUCGCUCCCUCCUUUACAAUAUCCUACGCCAAGAUCCUCGGCUAGUCGUACCUACACUUCGGAAAAGAGAAGUGAUUACAUUGCAGUGGAAGCUGCCUUGUCACAAUCUCCAUUCAACAUCCCAACUCCUCCUCCAUCUGCAUGUAAUAGCUCAAGAUCAUCGCUGUCGUCUAUCUCUGGUGACUCCGUGGCGUCCUUGAGACAAUCACUUCAUAAUAACGAUGUUGCCGCUGCUACCGCUGCCAAUGCUGCUUCUGUGACUCCUACUCCGUUACCAAUCAACUCGCAACCAAAGAGGAAACAUGUCUGUAAGACAUGUACCCGUGUGUUCACCACGUCAGGCCACUUGGCAAGACACAAGAGAAUCCACACCGGUGAGAGGAAACAUGUCUGUCCUUGGCCAUCUUGUGAGGCAAAGUUUGCCAGACAAGACAAUUGCAUGCAACACUACAAGACACACACCAACGGCAAGUGUAAGAGAAGAAAGUAGAUCAUUCUACAGUACUACACCUAUAGCAUUAUCCACCACAAGCAUUGUUCCCCCCCCCCCACCCCAUUACUUCCCUCGCUUCCAUAUCCAUGCCCGCCUCUCCCCGAGAACAAGGUGGUAGCCACUUUUUUUGCCCAACCCCGCGCAUGGUCGCUCCAAGUAGAAUAAAAAAUAACCCCAAUCGCUCCUGCAUGCCGAAAUACAGAAUAGAAAAUAAAAAAAUAAAAAAAUAAAAUUUUUUUGAGGGAAAAGGCAGCCACAAGUUUUUUUUUUUUUUUUUCCUGUCCUCAUUAUUUUUUAGGGAACUGCUUUCCGCUUCGCCAACCAAUGCGGUAGUCCAAUGCGGUGGUGCAAAAGUUGUCCGUUAGGUUGAAAAGGGGGGAGUGGGAGAAAGAGAUUCCGCGCUCCGAUAUCGGCGCGAGAAUGAAUGUUAAAUUUUGCACAAAAAGGAUUUCCUUUGUUACAAGUGUGUUCUCUUGCCUUGUUUCAACUGUUCCUGGGACUUCCUUGCCGCUGAGAUAAGCUUUUGUACUUUUGCUUCCACGUAAAGUCCGAUGGUGCAAAGAGUUUAAGUUUAAGUGUAGCGAGGAUGUUUUUGUGUACUCUCCUGCUUAUUGUUCACACACCCCCUCGAUAUUCCGCGUCGCACCCCCUAUUGGUACAAGGGUCCAGCCAAGCUGUUUGUACCGGCUACUAGGUAGAUAUAACAUCUUGAUGGCCAAGAAUACUACACAAUUAUACGAAAAUUAA